AUGCACUCACUCCGUGUUGGUGACAUCGACUCUGCUUAUGCAGAAGUGCUUUGCGCCGGUGACCAGCACUUGAUCAUCAAGCUGAUGGACAAGACAGGACCUUCUCUUGACCAGAUAUCAAAUGAGAUUGCAAACAAAGCUCUUAACUUCAUCGCUCAGUUUUUGUUGGAUCACAAUCUCUACGACAUAUUGAUUCCCACUACUACUCAUGCAAGAUCUUCCUCUUCUCCAGCUACAUCCUUUUCGGAGCCGUCACAAGCUGCAUAUUCCUCACACUCUUUCUCUGUCUCAUCCCUUCCAUCUGCGGCUUCCUCCUCAUCCUCCUCCACGCCACCACCAUCACAGCCACGGUCUCCGGCUGCGCCGCCGCUUCCCGUGAGAGAAACCGGUGGUACACUACUCACAUGGUCACCACUAUGCUCACAGCUAUAUUCCAAUCAUCGUCCCUUUUCUCAUCUUUACCAACACGUCUAA